AUGGUGGAAGAAGAAUGGUAUGAAACUACUAGAAUGGUUGCGAAACAUACCGAAAACGAAAAUAUAGAAAAAGUUUAUUCGCACACUAAUCCUUUUAUAAGAAAUUUUAUCAGACGAUCUAUUAAAGGAGGAAGAGUUUCUGCAAAUAGAAAAUUAUUUGAAACGAACAAAAUGGAUGAAAUUUGUAACGUAUUAAAGGAAUAUAUUUCGCAAAGUGAAACACGAAGUGAUAACAUAAUUGAUUUAUUCAAAGAAUACAGCGCAAGCACAAAAGACAAAACGGAAGUUCAUUCGAGACUUAAAAAAAUAGAAUGUACUAAACUAAUGGCAUUUGAUGCUAACGGUUUAUACGCUUCCGCCAUGUCUGAUUUAGACAGUGAAUAUCCGAGAGCGGAAAGUGGAAGACCGUUUCUACCAGAAGAAGAAAAACAAUAUGUAAAACUCUUCAAUAAACAAAAAUUCAGACCUAGAACAGCUAUUUUAACAGUGUGGUUUGACUAUCCCAAAAACAUGUUCUUCCAACUGAUACCAGCUAAAGAUAAAAUCCAUUUCACGAAUAAAGAAGGUAAAAAGGAAACUGGUAACAAAAUCAGGUUCAGAAAUGGUUUCUGUCACGACGUUUUAACAUCGGUUGAUAUUCAAGAAAUAGUGAAAGCCGGUGGACGAAUUAUUAGAAUAUUAGAUGGUAUAGUUUACGAAGAAAAUUUUAAAACUCCACCCUAUAGAGAUUAUAUUUUAAUUUUGAGAGAUUUAAGAAAUAAAUAUAAACGAGAAGACUAUUGCAAAGGUAAAAACGAUUACGGUGACGGUGGAAUUAUAUUUGGUUUAUAUUUAGCACCAAAAGUCAAAUACAACAUCGUUUUGACUUCUGAUGGUGUCUUAAAAGAAAAGAAAACGUUUAAAGGUUAUUCUAAUGAUAAGAUAAGUGUAGAAGAUUACGUUCAGUUAGCAAGCGGACAUGAUGUGUCGAACGAAUUUAAUAAACCAUGGGAAAAAAGUUUCACCAAUGGAGUAGUUAUUCCAAAUGAUAAACAAACUAAAGUUUUUAGAAGUUAUUUGAAUAAUGUUAAAAGAAAACCACCAAAAAGUGAAGGAAUUAUGUAUCCUUACAACGACAAAGAUGAGUAUAGUUUUGACGAAAACUAUGAAUUUGAUGAUUUCGAUUAUCUUUCUAAUCAAGAAGAGAAUGAAGAUUGUUUUAAAUGA